AUGGAUUCUGGCCCUGUCUCUUCGAAACAGAAGCCCUUUAAACAGGCCUGCGACAAUUGCCGGAGGAGAAAAAUCAAAUGCUCGCGAGAGCUUCCGUGCGACAAGUGCCAGCGCCUGCUCCUUUCCUGCUCCUACAGCGAUGUCCUCCGUCGCAAAGGCCCCAAGUUUCGGACGCUCUACCCUCUAGCUCCCAUCCAUCCAUUGGUAGCAAGGCAGCGACAGCUUCUUCAGUGCGAUCCUCAACAAUCUCCAACAGAGAGAGAAUGGUAUACGGAUCCUACAAGCUACCCGAUGGGUGGCUCUCCUGCAACUCCGCCGUUCACCAUGGAGGAACCCCAGUAUCUCGCCCCAGAUCUCCCGGAUUCAUUCGCCCGACUACCUCCUCCGGAGCUUGUUUCCUCACCGGACUCCUUUAAUUCGCUAUCGGAUUCACCUCCUGCGGUGCUGUAUCCUUCCCCGCGAGUUUUGACCCCACCUGUGCUUCUGGCCCACAUCAACGUCUACCUGAAAUACAUGUUCCCUAUAAUGCCAGUAGUACGGAAAGAAGAUCUUCAGCAAGACUGCCACCAUCCAGAGCGCCUGUCCGCACAGCGGUAUGCCUUUUUGGCGUCUCUUUGCGCCGCUACCCACAUUCAGUUAAAACUGGACGGUGUCUCGGAGACCUCCCACCUCCAGACCGGUGUUGAUGGAAAUUCAGUAAUGUCUGGUGAAGAACUGCUUGCUGAGGCUGUCCGUGCAAGGAAAGACUGCGAUCCAAUCGAAGACAUGAACAUCGAAAGUCUUCUAACCUCAUUCUUUUUAUUUGCUUCAUAUGGCAACCUGGACCGUCAGGAUCACGCAUGGUUCUACCUUUGCCAGGCGACGUCAAUGAUCUUUUCGCUGGGGCUUCAUCGCGAACCCACGUACUCUGAGUUGAACAUUGAGGAGGCGGAGCAAAAUCGUAGGGUAUUUUGGCUCCUGUUCAUCACGGAAAGAGGUUACGCAUUGCAGCAAGCAAGGCCGGUGAUGCUUCGCAACUCCAUCCAUAAACCGCAGGUUCUUUGCUCGGACGACCCUAUUCUUGCCUACGGAUUCAUCAAUCUCAUUGGGGUUUUUGAAAACCUCAGCGUCAACCUCUACGACUGGAUUUCAGCAGGUGGGAGAGAUGGAACAUCGGAAAUGCCGCCUACUUCCAUGAUCCAAGCAAGCCUGAGCAAACCAAUAUCGCUCGACGGGGUCUCGGAAAUCCAGAGAGUCGAUAUCCUCAUCACCCAGCAAUGGCUGCAAGCCAUGAUGUGGAAGUUAUCGAUGACUCGAGCUUCCCAACCAAGUUCACGAAAUGAAACCGUCCUACCUUUUCAUCUUCCUGUGUUGGUAGGUAAGGCUGUGCUGUCUGUUAUCGCGGAGGCAUCACAAGGUGCUGUUGACGCGCACGGUAUAGGAAUGGAGCAGAAGCUAUUCGAUCUCGGCGUAUCAGUCGCAGAUGUAUCACGCUCACUCUCUACCAAAGCCGCCAACAGCAUUGCAGAGUCUACUGUCGACCCCCGUGAACUACUCUGGGGCAUCCUCUCCACGCUCUCCCGGAUUCGUGGAUCUCAAUCAUACCUCUUCCCAGCACUGCUCGAGCGAUGUAAAGGCAUGCUAGGCUUUGAUUUCCCGCUUACUAUAAGCGACUUCCUCCCUCCUCUUCCAGCCACCUCCUCAUCCGAACCUGUGCCACCAUGGCAAGCAACCGGCAAUAACAAUAGCCAAACCGCCAGCAGCUCCUGGGAGAUUGCGUCUCCGCCUGAUAGCUCUCAUGAUCAAAACAACGAUCCGGUCUCUAGGAUACUUACGCCGUCGGAACUUCCGUUUCAAUCUGGGCGAUUGCUGACCUGA